GUGUCACGUCAGCUCAUGUAUUUGAGGAAGAGUGAAAGUGUGAAAAUAGGCACUAAGCUUCACCACAGGGUCGUUUCAAGAUUUAUUGCUGGUCCCUGUGCACGGAGUCUCCACCUUCAGCCAGGUGUUGCAAGAAGAGCUCAGCCCAAUGCAGUGCUGGAGAAAGUUUACUCGUCGAUCACAAAGAGUCCAGACUCCCGGCAUCUGGACGGCCUGUCCAAACAGCUGGACUGGGAGGUGCGGAAGGUUCAGCGUUGGUUCAGACACCGCAGGAACCAAGAUAAACCCAGCACGCACACUAAGUUCUGUGAAAGCAUGUGGAGGUUUACAUUUUAUUUGUGCAUAUUUAUCUAUGGUUUCCGGUUUCUGUGCCAGUCUACUUGGCUGUGGGAUACAAGGCAGUGCUGGUACGGUUACCCCUAUCAGGUCAUGACCCCGGGCCUUUACCACUACUAUGUGACAGAGCUGGCCUUCUACUGGUCACUCAUGUUCUCCCAGUUCACUGACAUAAAGAGGAAGGACUUUCUGAUCAUGUUCAUCCAUCACCUGGCUACAGUCGGCCUGAUCAGCUUUUCCUAUGUCAACAACAUGGCGCGAGUUGGGAGCCUGGUGAUGUGUGUCCACGACGCCUCCGACUUCCUCCUGGAGGCAGCUAAGCUGGCCAACUACACCAAAUACCAGCGCCUGUGUGACUUCCUCUUCAUUGUGUUUAGUGUGGUCUUCUUCAUCACACGACUUGUUAUAUUUCCUAUAUGGGUCCUUAACUCCACUAUGUUUGAGAGCUGGGCUAUAGUCGGGCCGUUCCCGUCCUGGUGGGUGUUCAACGUCUUACUGCUGGUCCUUCAAGUGCUGCACAUCAUCUGGUCCUACCUCAUAGCCCGUAUAGCCAUCAAAGCCAUACUGCGCGGCAAGGUGUGUAAGGACGUCCGCAGCGACAUAGAGAGCAGCUCAGAGGACGAAGCUGAAAAGCCCACAGACGGCAUCAAGAAUUCUGUUCAUUCUGUGAGGGGAGAAAAUGGCACUAAUGGCCACUGUGCUGCCGCCAAAGCACAGAACCACAGCAGCUGGUGACACGGAGGCUGAAGCCUGGCGCCCCCCGCAGUUUAUUACCCUAACAACAUGACAAUGACAGCGAGUGUGCGCAGAUUCACGAGUGGAACGGUUGUUGGAUAUGCACUUGACGUCAUCUGUGAAGACUCCUAUAACGACAUGCACGACAAUACUCAAGAGGUGAAUUGAGCAGGAAAUCAGUCGAUAGGAAGUGAUUAGCGUUCGCUUUUUCUUCAAAUGGGAUUUAUUUGUGCUAAGUAGUCAGUUUCAAUGUUCUCUCCCAGUUUUAUUGGUCAGAUGAACUUGAUGGUUUUUGUUUUUAAGGGUUGAUUUUACACUGGAACACUUAGACAAGGAAACUUCUGGGAUGACUUUAAACUUUCAAGUUAUUACACCUGAAAUGUGAUCAGAAAUGCACCACACUUUAAACAGCGGCUGUUUAUGCCCUUUGGAGUUUUUGUGUAAUUACUAUUUUACCACAUUGUUUGCCUUCGUCAAGUCUAAUUGUUUUGUUCCGUUUUAGAAUUGUUGUUUUUUUUACGUCUUCUGAGACCAAAUGUAUGUGAAAUUGUUUGACGUCACUGCCUAUAGAGGGAUCCAGGUAUGAGAACAUACUACUAACCAUCUGGUAUUCUGUUCUCAGUACCUUGUAGUGUUUUUCCAAAUAUACUCUGUUGUUGAAA